GCUCUGGAGAGGAGGAGUAACAAAAGCUCAUCAGAGUUCUGACAGAAAUGGUUUUCCCUGGAAUCUCCCUGGCAGUGAGGGGUCUGCAGAGGACAUCCAGCUCCAGACAGUGGUGGAAAGCUGGGGAUGAACACAUUUAAUCACAUUUUGUCACUCUUCCUGAAGCAUUCUGAGUUCUGAACAAAUGAAUCUGCAUCAUGUAGGAGGCUGUGCUGCUCAGCUCAGAGGGACUCUGAGCCUCCUGUGAUCCCCAGGGUGGGGUGGUUGUUAUUCCUGCAGCAUGGAUCCAAGGAACAGAAGCAAAAUGUUUCUUUUGCAAGCAGAGGGGUUUAUUUGUUAAUCUGCAUGGGAACCCUGAUGGAUGUGCCAAUGCCUCUCUGUCAGCUUGUGUACCUCACCUUUCUGUCUGGAGCUCUUUGCAGCCUGCCUGGAAGAUAUUUGGAAGGGCAUCCUUACAACCUCCAGAUGGACUCUCACAAUUUCCAGCACAUUUUGUCCUGGCAGGCAGAACAUGACCCAGCUGUGCCAGCAUCCUACAACGUGCUCUACAAACACCACAGGAGCCAGGGCUGGACGAGUGCUCAGCAGUGCUCAGGAACUGCCCAGCUCUCCUGUGAGCUGACACAGGAGUUCAGGAACAUAUCCAAUGAAUAUUCCACAUUUGUUCAGAGCAUGACAGGAACUCAGGUGCUCAAUUCUUCUGUGCUGCGUUUUGUGCCACUCAGCCAGACAAUUCUGGGACCACCAGAAGUGAAUAUCACUUCCUGUCCAAACUGCAUCAAUGUCACCAUAAAGCUGCCAACAUCUCACUUCAGAAAAGAGGGAAAGCUGCAGUCUUUGAUUGACAUCUAUACAGAGCUGGAUUAUAUCAUCACACUGAAAUCACAGGAUGGAGAGCACAAGAGGCCACGGCAGAGAACCACUGAAGAAGAGUUCAGUACUGUCAUUGGAGAGUUGUAUCCCAGCAGGAAUUACUGCUUGUCUGUGGCCAUCACUGCAUCCCUGAACAAAAACUCCAGGCCCUCCCCCUGGAAAUGUGUCACUGCAGACUCAGAGGCUCAGACACAAGGUUACCCUGCAGUGGCAGUUGCACUGGCAGGGGCUGUCUGUGUUUCUGUGGUCAUUCUUGCAGUCCUGAGGUGUGUGCAUGCAGCAGGUUUCAUCCUCAGGAAGAUUUCCCUUCCUCAGACCUUGGCAUUCAUCAGGAAGUUGGCCUACUCACCUUGGGAGUCAGAGGCAGAAAAGCUGGCCUGUGUGGAGAUCAUCCCCACAGAGGUGAAGAGCAGGGCCAGGGGCUGCAGAGGCAAUGCCAGCGGGGACAGUGCCAGCAGUGACAGUGGCAGCAGUGACAGCGACAGCGACACUGCCCUGUGUGACCACGACUACACCAGGCGGGCGGGGCUGGGCAGGGAGCACGCCCCCCGGGGCUGUGCCCCCCCCAGCAGCCUGGGGCACUGCUCAGGGAGCAGCAGCUGUGAGCACAGCAGCAGCCAGCCUGGGGACACAGCUGCCCAGCCACAGCACUGCCAGGGCCAGCAGGGGCACGGGGGGCAGCCUGGAGGAGCUGCAGACACGAGCAGGGAGCUGCUGAGCCCUCUGUCUGAGGGCAGCAGUGAGUGCUUCACCAUUGGACUGCACACGGUGCUGCUGGGGGCCCUGGAGCAGGAUGGGCACAGCUCUGCAGCUGCUGCCCCAGCCCAGCAAGGGACAGCUGGCUGCCACUGUGAUCCUGCCCUGCAAGCACAGCUGCUGGAGGACACUGCAAGUGAGCAGGAAGCACCUUGUUCUGAUGGCUUCCAUGAGUGGCAGAACUCUUCUUCUGAGGAGAGUGAUUCCUUGGACUCGGACACAGAGCAUGUCACGGGGUACAUGAGGAGAUGAGGGCAGAGCUGCUUAUACUUAUAACAUAGGAACUGGUAUUGUCUAACUUUUAUUUCUGCUGAAUGCACAGAUUUUGUCCUGUCAUUAACAUCCUGUGAGCAUGGGCUCCUACAGGAAGAGUUGGGGGGUGUUUGUCUGGAGAAGGAUCCAGAGAUUCCCCUUUCUGUGCCAAGAGGGGCUUUGGACAAGGGAUGGAGGGACAGGACAAGAGGGAAUGGCUUCAAACUGACAGAGGGCAGUUUUGGGUUAGAAAUUGUUCCCUGUGAGGGUGGGGAGAGACAAUUCCCAAGGAAUGAAGGGACAGGACCCAGGGAAUGGCUCUCACUGCCAGAGGGCAGAGCUGGAUGGGAUAUUGGGCAGGAAUUGUUCCCUGGCAGGGUGGGGGGAGACAAUUCCCAAGGAAUGAAGGGACAGCACAGAGGGAAUGGCUUUCCCAGGAUUAGAUGGGAUCUUGGGCAGGAACUGUUCCCUGGGAGGGGCUGGGAUGGAAUUCCCAGAGCAGCUGUGGCUGCCCCUGGAUCCCUGGCAGUGCCCAAGGCCAGGCUGGACACUGGGGCUGGAGCAGCCUGGGAUAGUGGGAGGUGUCUUUCAACCAAACCACUUUUUCAGUGUUAUUAUUCUUUAUAUCUGUUAGUGAAUUUUUGUGAAACCUGUUCUGCUGGCUGGAUGCUGUAUUUGUGCAGAGAAAGUUGAUUAGGUACAAUAAUGGAGGUAGAGACAGGAACGCUCAUCUGACAAAAGAGUGGAAUCUAAGAGGCAUUAAUACACAUUUAUUUUUGUAUCAUUUUGUACAAUUAGUGACUCAUAUUAAAAUACUUUUAUGACAUUUUAAA